AUGCGGUGGGGGCCUAAACUAGUCCCGAGAGGCGAAAUGUUAAUAGGCAGAUAUCAACAACCCGACCUCCCCCUUCUCUCAGCGAGAAGAGAGCGACGCCAUCUAUCUAUCUAUCUAUCUAUCUAUCUAUCUAUCUAUCUAUCUAUCUAUCUAUACUCUCUCCUGACCUCUGCUUCCCUUCCCAGACCACGUUCUGUCUCUCUCCACCAAUAUACUAACGAAUUUUAUCUCCUUCAAAAUCAGGAAGCGAGAGCUGAAAUUUCUGGGAUAUAUAAGGAAAGAGGGCCUGGAAAAUAUCUCCCACAUUUUCUCUCUCUCUCUCUUUCUUUCCUUCCCUCUCUCCUGUCUUUUCUCCUUCCCUGUCUCCCUGUCUUUCUCUCUUUCUCACAACUCACUCUUUCUUUCUCUCUCUCUUUCUUUAUAUUCAUUGAUGAUACGCAUUGUCCACGAAAAUUUCAGCCUUUCCAUUUUAAUGUUCUGCUAUGUUUUACUGACUGCGACUUAUCUAGUGUCGAAUACGAGUUAUCUUAUGUUUAUUACGAGUCAUCGCGUGUCGACAACGAGUUAUUUUGCGUCGACAAGUUAUUUCGUGUCGACUACGAGUUAUUUUGCGUCGACUACAAGUUAUUUUGCGUCGAGUACAAGUUAUUUCGUGUCGACUACGAGUUAUUUCGUGUCGACUACGAGUUAUUUUGCGUCGGCUACAAGUUAUUUCCUGUCGACUACGAGUUAUUUCGUGUCGACUACGAGUUAUUUUGCGUCGACUACAAGUUAUUUCGUGUCGACUACGAGUUAUUUUGCGUCGACUACAAGUUAUUUCCUGUCGACUACGAGUUAUUUCGUGUCGACUACGAGUUAUUUUGCGUCGACUACAAGUUAUUUCGUGUCGACUACGAGUUAUUUUGCGUCGACUACAAGUUAUUUCGUGUCGACUACGAGUUAUUUUGUGUCGACUACGAGUUAUCUCGUGUCGAAUACGAGUUAUCUCAUGUUUAUAACGAGUUAUCUCGUCAAUCUUUCUCUUUCUCUCUCUCUCUCUCUCUCUCUCUCUCUCUCUCUCUAUCUAUCUAUCUAUCUAUCUAUCUAUCUAUUUGA